UCUCAGUCCUCCCUCACGCAUUGGCAGCCUGCGGUCAGAGGCACGGAGAGAAAAGGGGAACCUGAACCUGGGAUCUGUCCCAGCCAGGAAGAAGGAAGGAGAGAAGACCACUUCUCACGUCUGCUGCUGUACCUGUAGAUCUCCUGCACCAUGGCAGAAGGAGCUGAGGGAGAAGAGGAGAUUCAGUUCCUUCGAACAGAUGACCAGGUGGUCCUGCAGUGUACAGCUACUAUCCUGAAGGAGCAGAUUAAACUCUGUCUGUCCUGUGAGGGAUUUGGGAAUCGUCUGUGUUUUUUAGAAACUACAUCCAAUGCCCAGAAUGUUCCUCCUGAUCUGGCGAUAUGCUGCUUUAUCCUGGAGCAGUCUUUAUCUGUGCGGGCCCUGCAGGAGAUGCUAGCUAACACAACUGAGCUUAAUGAGGCAGUCGAUUUGGAUAAAUGGUCUUCACAAGGAGGAGGCCACCGCACAUUGUUGUAUGGCCACGCUAUCCUACUCAGACACACUCACUCUGGCAUGUACCUUAGUUGCUUGACCACAUCAAGAUCCCUCACAGACAAACUGGCCUUUGAUGUGGGCCUGCAGGAGGACUCCACAGGUGAGGCCUGUUGGUGGACCAUUCAUCCUGCAUCCAAGCAGAGGUCAGAGGGUGAGAAGGUCAGGGUGGGCGAUGAUAUUAUUCUGGUCAGCGUGUCCUCUGAGAGAUAUCUGCACCUCUCUUAUGCCAGCGGAGACCUGAUGGUGGAUGCUUCUUUCAUGCAGACCCUUUGGAACAUGAACCCAGUCUGUUCAGGCUGUGAGCUGGCAGAAGGGUUUCUGACUGGAGGGCAUGUUCUUCGUCUUUUCCACGGGCACAUGGAUGAGUGUUUAACAAUUCCUGGUGCUGAGCAAGGAGACGACCAGAGACGAAAUGCUCACUAUGAAGGUGGAGCCGUGUGCAGCCAUGCCAGAUCUCUCUGGAGAUUGGAGCCUCUUCGCAUUGGAUGGAGUGGUAGCCACAUGAAGUGGGGUCAGUCUUUCAGGGUGCGCCACAUCACAACAGGCAGGUAUCUGUGUCUGGACGAAGAAAAAGGACUCUUGAUAGUGGAUGCGGAAAAAGCCAAUACGAAGCAAUCAGCUUUCUGCUUUCGUGCAUCAAAGGAGAAGACAGAAGUAGCUCAGAAACGUGAUGUGGAGGGAAUGGGGAUCCCAGAGAUCAAGUAUGGCGAGUCCAUGUGCUUUGUGCAGCAUGUCUCUACAAGCCUGUGGCUCACAUACGCCUCGGUGGAUGCCAAGUCUGCUCGGUUGGGACCACUGAAGAGGAAAGCUAUCCUGCAUCAGGAGGGUCACAUGGAUGAUGCUUUGACUGUGGCUCGGUCCCAGACAGCUGAAUCGCAGGCUGCCAGAAUGAUCUACAACACGGCAGGACUUUUCACUCAGUUCAUUAAGGGUCUGGACUCUCUAAGCGGGAAGAGUAAAUCUCCAGGACCGUCCCCUUCUCUGCCUCUAGACGCCAUAGUUCUGUCUUUGCAGGAUCUCAUCUUCUAUUUCCGGCCUCCAGAAGAGGAGCUUGAACAUGAGGAAAAACAGACCAAACUGCGCUCCUUAAGAAACCGCCAGAAUCUCUUCCAAGAGGAGGGCAUGAUCACUCUCGUGUUGGACUGUGUUGAUCGGUUGAAUGUCUACAACACUUCGGCACACUUCUCUGAAUUUGCUGGAGAGGACGCAGCCGAGUCGUGGAAAGAGAUCGUCAACUUAUUUUACGAGCUGCUCGCAUCUCUGAUCAGAGGAAACAGGGCAAACUGUGCUUUGUUCUGUGAUAAUCUUGACUGGUUGGUCAGCAAAUUGGAUCGUCUGGAGGCAUCCUCGGGUAUUCUGGAGGUGCUUUAUUGUAUCCUAAUUGAAAGCCCUGAGGUGCUUAACAUCAUCCAGGAAAACCACAUCAAAUCAAUCAUUGCACUUUUGGACAAACACGGACGCAAUCACAAGGUUUUAGAUGUCCUCUGCUCUUUAUGUGUGUGUAAUGGUGUUGCCGUGAGGUCCAAUCAGAAUCUGAUCACUGAAAACCUGCUUCCUGGACGGGAUCUUCUACUUCAGACCAACAUCAUCAAUUAUGUUACCAGUAUGAGACCCAACAUUUUUCUGGGCACAUGUGAAGGCUCGACUCAGUAUAAGAAGUGGUACUAUGAGUUGAUCGUAGACCAUGUGGAGUCUUUCCUGACCGCUCAUCCAUUUCACCUUCGUGUUGGCUGGGCUUUGACCGAGGGCUACAGCCCGUAUCCCGGAGGUGGCGAAGGAUGGGGAGGCAAUGGAGUUGGAGAUGAUCUGCACUCUUAUGGUUUCGAUGGGUUAAAUCUGUGGACUGGUCGUGUACCACGUCAGGUGACAUCACCCAGCCAACACAUUCUCUCGGCUGAGGAUGUGGUGAGCUGCUGUUUGGAUCUGAGCGUUCCCAGCAUCUCCUUUCGGAUUAAUGGACAUCCCGUUCAAGGCAUGUUCGAGAACUUCAAUCUGGAUGGUCUUUUCUUCCCCGUGGUCAGCUUCUCAGCGGGGAUAAAAGUGCGUUUUCUCCUUGGCGGACGACACGGAGACUUCAAAUUCCUCCCUCCUCCAGGUUAUGCCCCGUGCUAUGAGGCAGUUCUUCCCAAAGACAAGCUGCGGAUUGAACCCAUUAAAGAGUACAAGCAUGACAACGAUGGUGUCCGGAACCUGCUGGGACCGACACAGUCUCUCUCCCACACCGCCUUCACUCCAUGUCCGGUGGACACUGUGCAGAUUGUGCUUCCUCCACAUCUAGAGCGUAUCAGAGAGAAACUGGCUGAAAAUAGCCAUGAGCUGUGGGCUGUCACUCGAAUCGAACAGGGUUGGACAUAUGGACUAUUUCGUGAUGACAACAAGAAGCUGCAUCCCUGUCUAGUGGACUUCCAGAGCCUCCCAGAUCCUGAGAAGAGCUACAACCUGGCGAUGUCUGGAGAGACGCUGAAGACUCUUCUGGCUUUAGGGUGUCAUGUGGGCAUGGGCGAUGAAAAAGCAGAGGAGAACUUGAAGAAGAUCAAACUUCCUAAAACGUAUAUGCAAUGUAAUGGAUAUAAACCUGCUCCACUGGAUCUCAACCAUGUGAAGCUCACACCAAAUCAGAACACACUUGUGGAAAGGCUGGCUGAAAAUGGACACAACGUCUGGGCUCGAGACCGUGUGCGCCAAGGGUGGACUUACAGCAUCAUUCAGGAUAUUGUGAACAAGCGCAACCCUCGUCUUGUGCCUUACAAUCUGCUUGAUGAAAGACAAAAAGACCAAUCGUGA